GGAGCCCCGGCGCGGACCCAGAAGCCCGCGCCGCUAACUCUGCCGUCCGGGCCGCGGGCCGCGCAUCCGCGAGGGUCCCUCGUCUUACCUGUGCCCGCCGCGCCCCGUCCGGCCGCCGCGAUGAGCGAGCUUAACACCAAAACACCCUCAGCAUCCAACCAGGCAUCUGACCCUGAGGAAAAAGGGAAGGCUGGCAGCACCAAGACGGCUGAGGAGGAGGAAGAGAUUGACAUUGACCUGACCGCACCAGAGACAGAGAGAGCUGCCCUUGCCAUUCAGGGCAAGUUCCGAAAAUUCCAGAAAAGGAAAAAGGAUUCCAGCUCCUGAAUGACCAGCCUUGCCCUCCACCCUUCUACCUUCUGUCCCCUUCUCCAUGGCUCUGACUCCCGGGUAUCUUGUCCCUUUGUCCCUAUAAUCUCUUGUUGAGGCAAGUUCAAUCGUUAUGAUUUGUUUCUUUGGCUCUCCCAAGCAUCACAGUAGUUAGAGGCACAAGGAGCUUGGCGAAGAUGCGCACUUCAGUUGGUAGUCGCUUGCCUAAGGCUGGGCCAAGUUUCUCUUGGGCUAAGGCUCUGCAUCAGUAACCAAUGCCUGUCUAUGGAGUUGGUGAAUGAGCAGUUUUGAGGUUUGGCUUCCCUCAUCCCCCAGUGAUGAGGGCACAGGGGAGGCCUUCAGAAUAGAGUGCCUGAGGGCGGCGGGUCAUCGCACAGCUCAGCCAGUUACAGCGUCCACACACCAGGUAACAUUCUUUCCCUUCUCAGGUCCUUCUGCAGUGUCACCUUCAACCCCCUGUGACUGAAACCACAGUGGGGACUGGAGCUUCCCCCCCAGGCAGACCUAAGCCAAGCACCUUACUGCAUUAGUGCAUGCUGAGUAGAUUAGUUCCAAGGAAGGGAUCCUGGGAGUGGUGGAAGCAAGGAAAAGUCACCUGCAUCGUCCAGUCUAAGAGCGUACAGACCAGAGGUGGCAGAGGUGCCCAGCGCCACAGGCAGGGAAAUGAGGACUAGGGUAGAUUGAGGAAGGAAAGAGAAGUAGAGGAGGGCAAGAUCGAUGAAGCCACAAGCUAGUGGCUAACGUGUACUACAUGAGGGAAUCUUGGAGCUUUGCUAACCUGCCUACCUCUAACCCCCCCACCAACUAUAGUCAUCCCCAGAGGCCACAUGAGCCAAGUGACCCCUGUAGUUCCCAGCUAUCCCACUGUGGAGUCAGGGCAGAAAUGAAAUAGCCAUUCUAUGUGACCUUAGCAUGUUUAAGAAUUAUAACAAUAAAAAAAGCCCUCAAAUAGGGCCAUUGAACCUCUA